AUGGCAAAAUUAGCUUCAAAAAGUGGGAAGAUCACUAAACAAGAAAAGAGCUCAAAGCAGGCGAAUCAGCUCGCACUCAAAAUUAAAGAGCGUGCUUUAGCGAAAAAGAAGGAAGAAGAAGCAGAAGAAGAAGAGGAAGAACAGAGAAACAAUACCAGUGAUUCUGAUAGCGAAUCUGAAUCUACUAAUGAUCAAUCAGAUGCCAAGGAAAAUGUGAAAGUAGAAGAGGAAGAAGAAGAAGAAGAAGAAUCGUCACAAUACAAAUCGUUUGCUGAUUUUGGCCUUGCACCAGAACUUAUUGAGGCAUGUCAACAGCUUAAAUUCACAAAACCAACGCCCAUCCAGGCCGAAGCUAUUCCUUGGGGGCUUAAAGGUAAAGAUUUGAUUGGGCUUGCGCAAACCGGGUCAGGUAAGACCGCUGCGUUUGCCAUUCCAAUUCUUCAAGAACUUUGGGAAGCCAGAACCCCAUAUUUUGCCUGUGUGCUUUCUCCAACCCGUGAAUUGGCGUACCAGAUCAAGGAAACUUUUGAUGCUCUUGGAUCAGGAAUGGCUUGUAAAACCGUUUGUAUCGUUGGUGGGGUAGGGAUGAUGGACCAAGCCAGAGACUUGAUGAAGAAACCUCAUAUAAUUGUCGCGACCCCUGGUAGAUUGCUCGAUCAUCUCGAGCAUACCAAAGGGUUCAGUUUAAAAGCCUUGAAAUACCUCGUGUUGGACGAAGCGGAUCGUUUACUCGAACUUGAAUUCGGCCCGGCCUUGGAUCGUAUCCUUGAACUCGUUCCUAAAAAACGUCGUACCUUCUUAUUCUCCGCCACUAUGACCUCAAAAGUCGCUAAGCUUCAACGUGCGUCUCUUGAAGACCCUGUCCGUUGUGCAGUCAAUGAUAAGUAUACCACUGUCGACUCACUUAUUCAAACCAUGAUUGUCGCCCCAAGUGGAUCAAAAGAUACUCAUUUAAUCCGUCUUCUUGAUAAAUACACCGGUAAGGCAAUCAUCAUCUUCACCCGUACUGUGGCGAAUUGUCAAAGAACAGCGAUUCUUGGGAAAAUCUUGGGUUUCCCAAUUGUCCCACUCCAUGGCCAACUCAGUCAGUCUAAGCGUUUGGGUGCCCUUAAUAAGUUCAAGAGUGGAUCAAAGCAAAUUCUUGUGGCUACCGACGUGGCGGCUCGUGGGUUGGAUAUCCCAUCGGUGGAUUUGGUGAUAAAUUACGACAUGCCAACCGAUUCGAAAACUUAUAUUCACCGUGUGGGGCGUACUGCCAGAGCAGGGAAGAGUGGUCGUUCCGUUAGUUUGGUUACUCAGUAUGAUUUGGAAUUAUUGUUACGUAUUGAACAAGCCCUUGAUAAGAAAUUGGCUAAAGAGGUGGUGGACAAUCAAGAAAUUGCAAUUUUGCAUAAAACUGUCGAUAAAGCUUUUGUGCAAGCCAUUCAUGAAUUCAAAUUGUUCCAGGAAAAUAAUAAACAAAGGGGUAAACAUGACAAACGUGGAGACAACAAGGAUAGGGAAGAGCGUUAA